AUGAAAAACAUCCAUGUAAGCCAGUUGAGGUCUGGGUCAUUCAAUCUUACAAGCCUUGUUGAGGAAGCUGUUGACAUUAAGGAAGACAGCAUAUUCCAAACGCAUGCGAACCUGAUGGAGCUUGUUGGAGACCUUGAGAACAUAAGGGAAGGUCUGUUUUUCAAGAGGGAAAAGCUUAACACAAGGAUUCGUACGAUCCAGGAGGGGCUGAAGCUAGACAGGAUUGAUGAUUUGAACAGAGAGACAGCCCAGAUAGUCUUGGAGCCGCUUGGGACGUCGAAGGAUGUGCUAGAAAGAAAUAAAGAGAUAAACCAUCUCAAAAGGAUGGAGAAGGCAGUGAAGUAUUUGAUGGAGAUUGAAAAAGGGAACUUCAAGGUACUUGAUAGUCUUAUGACAAGUGAUAGCGAAGAGGAUUGGAGAUUCUUGUGCUUCCUUCUGCACAACAUCUCGAAGGUUGUCGAGGACGAUGGGGAAAUUCAAGAAUAUAACAAGGCAAUUGAAGAUAAGAUGCUUAGUGUGUUUGAAACAGGGAACAAGCAGAACAACAAAACGAUGAUGAGGUCUGCAUACAAUUCCUUACUUGAAAUGGGAAAAGAGAGCUUUCUUGUCCAUUCAUACAUAUAUUCCCUAGAUCUGUUUAAAGAACCUGUAAGUAUGGAGAGCAGAAACGAAGCCAUAAUAGAUCUUGACUUCCACAUGACGAGCCACAGCACAUUUGUGGAUCUGAUAAACAAGAUCAGAGAUACAUAUGACGACAAAUUCAGAGGUCUUGGAGACAUUUUUGUAAAUACAAAGGACGUGUACAAGAUAAUACAUAAGAAAGUGUAUGGGGAUAUAAUUUCUACAGCAUUGGGAGAUUAUCUCAAGGGAAUGAGCCCAUGCAUGUUUCUUCUGGGGCUUGAGAGCUGCUACAAGAAUCUUCAGAUCCUCGGAUCAUUUAUUGAGACAAUAGAUCCUGACUUUGAUGGGUCGCAUGCCACUGAGGAUCUUAUUUCCCAGUACACCAGAGUUGCGGUCGAUAAGGAGAAGGCCUUUUUUGAGCAGAUCUAUGAGGUUCUUGUUCUGAAGAAGAAGAGCGAGACAAGAUACAUCAUUCUUGGGGAGGAGGCAGGAGCAAAUGCUGACAACAUAUUUGUGUACAAACAACUCCUCAACACCAUGAGCUUUGCCUUUGGGAGGUCUGGGAGGUUUUACGGCGAUAUCGAAGAGGAUGAGCUUAUUGACUUUUUUGCUCGGAAGAUAAACGGGUUUGUUGGAUCUGUUUAUGACUCAACGCAGAAUAAGUUUGAGGUUGUGAGGGUGCUGCAGUUCAUCUAUUUGGUGACAAGAAAGUACUUUGGAAACAAGUUCUGGAGGCUUGAAACCUUCAUAGACAAAAUCAAUAGGAAGCUCAGAGAUGCAUUUGAAGAGCAGAUAGAAACAUGUAGCAUGAGGAUUGGAGUUAGGAUAAAGCAGGAAUCGUUUGGAAGUCUCGAGGGAUGUGAAAGGGUGCUAGAGGUUAUAAGACAUGAAAUCGGAAAAGCAACUGAGGCAUCUAUAAAAGGAGAGAAUUUCAAGAUCUUGGUGAACCGGAUUCUUUGUCUGCUCUGUUCAGCAUUGCAUGCUAGAAUAUUACAGAUCACAUUCGAUGAACAGCAAUCUAAGAACAUGGUCGAGUAUGUCGCCAAGAUCCUAGAGUUUGCUAAAGAGCUCGGGAGCAUCGAAGCUAUCCAGAAGCUCACUGAUCUUCAGAGCCUAGCCAUCUUGAUAUCUAUUUCUGAGGGGGAUUUCGAGUCGUUCUAUAGCUCGCUGGUAGGAAAGAUACCUGACGACGAGAUUCUGAAGGCACUAAGGUGCAGAAGAGACAAGGAAAAAAUACAAAGAAAAGCAUCUAUAUUUGAUGGAAGCGAGGCAUGA